AUGGAGAUCCUCAACAACGAACCAAUAGACCUUCGCGUGGAGCUUCCGCCGACAGGCUAUGUCGUGGAUAAGCCCACCUUGGAAGGGGAAGGUGAUCAACAAUUUGCUUGUCCGCAUUCGGGCUGCGAUGGCUUCACGUUUGAAACGGUAGAGGAAUGUCGCAUCCAUGAGGAUGAUUGGCAUAACCCUCCAUACUUCUGUUCCGAGUGCGACUCAACUUUUGCUGCGAGACCGGCUUUGAAGAGGCACUUCAAGGCCAGCGGACACUUUAAUUGGAUCUGCCUCGAAGACAAAUGCGAUUUGAAAGGCACCUUGUUUGCCAGUCAAUCCGAGUUUGUGAUCCACGCCCUAAACACUCCAGGUCAUGAGCAUUUAUUCCCCGAAGAGCCUCUCAGCAGCCCAGUUUCCGUGAAGAAGAUUAACUAUGCUGAGGUUGCCAAUCUAAUGGAGGGAGAAACAACGGAGGAGUGUUUGUCGGAAGAAGAGGGUGAAAGGUGCACAGAGCCAUCCUGUCGCCGGUACCAGCGAGUGUUCUACACUGAAAGCGAAUUUACUCGACACAAAGAAUCCCACAAUCAUGUCAACGCCAUCAAAUACUCCGAGUUUCUUCGAGAAUCUGGCAAGUCCAUUGUUGACAUCAUGGCUGAGCAAGAAGCUGCUAGAGAGUUCCGGUGCACUGUCGAGGGCUGUCCCAAAUACGGAGAGAAACUGAGGACUAGUCAGAGUUUCUAUAGGCAUAUUGCGACGGACCAGCAUCUUUACCCACGUCCAUCAUCCGACCCGACGUCUCCAACAUCGGAAAUCCGACUCAAGUUUGCGCAAAUCAGUCUUGAGUGCGACGAACCGGAGUGCCCCAAGUUUCAGCACUCUUUUCUCAACAAGGGAAACCACACGAAGCAUACCAAGUCAGUUGCGCAUUGCAAAACAGUGGAGUAUGGAAAUUGGAAGAGAUCGAUGGGCAGCUCCAGUGCUAGAGACCAGGAGAACACGAGGAUCCAGACUCCCCAGAAGCAGAAGCCAGCUGAAAUAGCGGUACCUCCGUCGACUCCCGAAAUUUGGACCCGGAGCUUGUUUACUCCUAUCAGUCCGCCAGCUACCGACUCUACAUAUGCCCGACCUACUCAAUUCAUCACCCCUACGAAGCGGCCGGUUCAAGACAUUGCCCUCAUGACGCCACCAUCGUGGAGGGAAGAGAACUUGAGAAAGAGGAAUCGCGAAUUGGAAGAUGAGCUGGAACGCAUGAAGGAGAAAAUGGACCGGAUGAGAGCGGCUUACCAAGAGCAAAUAAGCUCACUGUUCCAGACUCUCGGGGAAACUCAAGACCGUAACCGGCGAUGA